AACAAUAUGAACAAUCUUUCCUCCAUGUCCACUUUUCUACUACUGGAAUUCUCAGAAGUCCAAGAACUAUGGAUUAUCUUCUUCUUGGUGUUCUUAACAUUGUAUCUGAUGGCAGUAACAGGAAACCUUCUCAUCAUCAUUCCUGUUGCCCUUGACUACCACCUUCAUACCCCCAUGUACUUCUUCUUACUCAAUCUGGCCAUACUGGACCUUGGCAUAAUUUCAGUCAUGGUACCAAAAUCUAUAGCUAUGUCACUCAUGAAGGACAGGUCUAUUUCUUAUCCUGGAUGUGUUGCUCAAGUUUUCUUUUAUUUCUUCUUUGCAUCAUCAGAUCUCACUGUCCUCACUAUAAUGGCACACGAUCGACAUGUUGCAAUCUGCAACCCACUCCAUUAUGACAGAAUUAUGCAUAAGGGAGCCUGCCUUCAGAUGGUGGCCACUGGAUGGACUGCAAGUCUUUUAAAUGCUGUGUUACACACAAGCGGCACCUUUGCAAUCACCUUCUGUUCUAAUAAUGUCAGUCAGUUCUUCUGUGAAAUCCCCCAGCUAUUAAAACUCUCCUGCUCUGAUAUAUACCUGGUGGAAGUCGGGCUUCUUGUCCUAAGUUGUACUCUAACCGUAGGAUGCUUUAUCUUCAUCAUCAUAACAUAUGUGCAGAUCUUUGCUACUGUAGUCAGGAUCCCUUCCACUAAAGCUCAGAAAAAAGCCCUCUCCACUUGCCUUCCCCAUCUCACUGUAGUGUCUGUGUUUGUAUUCAGUGGAGUCUUUGCAUAUGCAAGGCCACCGAGUGAUACGUCCACUUCUCUGGAUAUAGCAUUUGCUGUGAUAUAUGCCAUUGUUCCUCCCACGCUGAACCCAUUUAUCUACAGUAUAAGAAACAAAGAGAUAAAAAUAGCUUUGUGGAAACUCUUGAAUUCAGAUUGUUGA